AUGACCACACCAGAUAGACAAAACACCUUCAAUGAAAAGGUGAUGGACCCGGACCGCCUGGCUCCUGACCAGGCUACACUUCACGAGGAUGAAUCAAGGGAAUACACGAGUCGGUUGACAGAUGAUCUCGAACUUCUUCGGGCAGAGAGGCUCGUCACUACCCAUGAGCAAGAGUCCCACUCAAGGACUUCGAGAGAUCACCGGCGGCGAGCACCAUCACCAAUCCCAGAAGAUGCAUUCAACGAGCAGGUAGACGAAAAAGAACAACAUGCCGGUCCGGCUCCGAACCAGGAGCCACCGACGCUGGCCAACAAGGCUUGGAUCAAGAUCAAAAAGUUCCCCCGAGUCAUCCGCUACCUCGUCUACUGGAUGCCCGUGGCCGCAAUUCUCAUGGCUCCCAUCCUCGUCGAUAAACUUGCCUUGGAUAAUCAACAACCUCUUGUAGGAGGUAACGGAGGCGUCCAGCUCUACUGGUUUGGCAUCUGGCUCCAGAUUCUCUGGGGCACACUUUGGGCUUCGCGGUUCAUAUGUGCCAUCAUGCCAUAUCUGUUCAAGUGGUGUGCCAAGAUGGUCGGUUCCAACAAUCACAAGAAGUGGUUAGACGUCGGCAGAGGCCUCGAGCUGCACACGGCACUGUUUGUAUGGAUGCUGUCUGUACUCGUCUCGUAUUGGCCGACUCUAAACAUGGGCAGGCUGGACGAUAAGCCUGAUGUCGCCUGGAUCGACGUCGUUUUCAAGGUCAUCAUUGCGCUAUUCGUACUCGCCGCGCUCAACUUUAUCGUCAAGAUCUUGAUCCAGUGGAUCGCCAACUCGUUCCACCGCCGCACGUAUGCCUACCGGAUCGAGGCCAACAAGCGAGAUAUACAAUACCUCGUCUCGCUUUACACAUACUCGCGAACCAUGAUCGAGCAGGAGGAAGAGUGGAGCCCCAACGGCCAGAGCCCUACGGCCGGAGCGAGGACACCCAUGCAGGCGCUGCAGAGGAACGCCCGAGACGCCUUCACCCGCGUCGGAAACGUCGCCAACAGGGUCGCUGGUGACUUCACCGGUCGCAAGAUCCUGGGCGAGAACCACCCGCAGAAGGUGGUGGCCGAGCUGUUGCGUUCCACUCCUACCAGCUUCACUCUGGGCAGACUGAUCUUCCGCACUUUUGUCACGCCUGGAAACGAGACCUUGACGCUUGAGGACUUCCAAAAGGUCUUUGAUAACAGCGAAGACGCCGAGGCGUGUCUGAGCGUCUUUGACAAGGACCUCAACGGUGACGUGUCGAUGCAGGAGCUGGAGCUGGUCUGUAACGAGAUUCAUCUCGAGAAGAAGGCCAUCGCUGCGUCUCUCAAGGAUUUAGACUCGGUCAUCAAGAAGCUCGACAAGGUCUUUAUGUUCAUCGUCCUGGUCAUCGCCGUCAUUGUCUUUGUCUCCAUCAUCUCGGGCUCCGCUGCGGCUGCUCUUGGAUCGGCGGGCACUACGAUCUUGGGUCUGGCGUGGAUGCUGCAGGCGACGGCGCAGGAGUUUCUCCAGUCCAUCAUCUUCGUCUUUGUCAAGCACCCAUUCGACGUUGGAGACCGUGUGCGCGUAUAUGGCAACACCGGUGAUAUGAUGACAGGUGACGACUACUACGUUCAGGAGAUCUCGCUGCUAUACACCGAGUUCAAGAAGAUGCAGGGCCACGUUGUGCAGGCGCCCAACUCUCUGCUCAACAACCUCUUCAUCCUGAACCAGCGACGAUCCAACGGCCUCGCAGACCCGAUCGUGCUCAAGGUCCGAUUCGGUACGACAAACGAGGUCAUCGAGGAGCUGCGCGACCGCAUGACCGACUUUGUCCUGGAGAACAAGCGCGACUACGGCCCCCGCAUCAUCACCGAGGUCAGCACCAUCGACGAGGUGUAUUCGGUCACGCUAAGCUUCGUCUUCUUCCACAAGUCCAGCUUCCAGAACGAGCUGCUUCGUCUGCAGCGCCACAACCGCUUCGCCGGCGAGUUGAUGCGCCAGAUGGCCCUGCUGGGUAUUGAAGGCCCGAGGAAGCAGCAGCCCGGUGGUACCAAGGAUCUCCCCUUCUACUGGACCAGCGUCCCACCGCCAGCGUUUGAGCCGGCCACCACUUACGUCACGCCGAGGCCGGAGCAGCCGCAGAGUCAGCCGAGCCAGGAUGGGACAUCCACCAGCCCCGUCGUCCCGUUCCCGUCCCUGAGCAUCCACGCGUCAGACCAAGAACGUCAGCAGCAGCUGCGAGAGCAGCACCAACAAUCCCAACAACAACAACAACAACAAUCAUCGACGGCCGUGGCGUCUGGGGCGAACUCGUCGACGACCUCUGUCCGGCGCCGCCGCGGGCCAUCCGUGGUGAUAGACCACGGCCCGGACAUGUUCCAGGACGUCUACGGGAGCCGACGCCACGACACCAGCGCCCAGCUCGCACGCCUGCAGAGCAUCCGGGCGGCGGAGCACACGAUCCAGCCGCCGACGCACUCGCCCUCGUCGCCGGGCAUCGAGCGCACCGCCACGCUCGGCAGCCUCCACAGCCUCGGCCAGCACCCGUCGCGCAGGUUCUGGUCGAGGCGGGAGACGAUACAGGAGCGGGACGGAGGAGAGGGUGAGGAGAGGCCCAUCGUGGGUAGCCCGACCCCGCCGCCGCCUGGGGCGAGUGCCACCAAGUUGAGCAAUGCGGAGAGGAUGGUGUGA